CUCUCCCUCCCUGCGCCGUGCUGAGCUGGAAAAUGGCUGUGUAGGGGAGCAGGGAGUCAUGAACGGGAAAAGAAAGAAAGAGCGAGAGAAAGAAGGCGAAGCAAUAAGUGAACAGCGGGUUUGCUAGAAGUUUAGUGCACCUCUAGAAAACCGUCGUCCGCACAUACGGCUCUACGCGGACUCUGUCUGACACCCUGAAGUGUUAAAGCGACGCAGCCAAAAGUGAGAAGAGUCAAGAAAUAUCCGCGGGUCAUCAUAAUCCCUGUCCAGAACAUGUGGGAGCCUGAGAGAACCGAAGAGGAUUAAAGACCUUCCCACUCUGCUGCUCGUCCUCCAAUCACAUCACUUAUUUGACCGUGGGGAGCCAACGACGCAGACCCCUCGACUGGCGAAAUCUUUUACCAGGCUGCUCCAAUAGCACCCAGCCAGCAGGUUUUCGCUGCUUGAAAGAGCAUGUUGCCAAUGCUCUCCCUCUGCUCCAUCAUCUGGCUCAACCGAGGUAUCAAGCUGAGGAAAGUGCACCAGUCCACCAACACUGGUCAGGUCUGAAACCGCUGCCACCGCAGACAUAACAGCAGCAGAACGUGACCUUACCGACUUUUGAAAAUGCUUCUAAGCUUCGGGUGACUCCCCCUCCUCCCCUCAUCUCCCCGACCCCCUAAGCCACCGUACCAACACCAACACCAGAGUUUAGUGACUCAACAGCCUUUGUGGUUUCUGAGGAGGAAUUUCUGUAUAGCCGAACCCUGUUGUUGCAGUGAGACUCAGGCUGCACCAUCUAAUCCUUCGGUGGCCAUUUUGAUUUUUGCCUCCCUAACAAAAUGGCGGCGGAAGGUUUUCAGUACCUUGCCCUCUACGCAUUUACCAAGGACCAGGAAGAGGACCUGGAUCUUCAGCCUGGAGACCUUCUGACCGUCUGCAAGGCCUCUCUGCUGUCCAUGGAGAACUACCAGGAGGGCUGUGUGGAGCAGCCUGAGCGCCUCGGCUGGCUCCUCGGGUACAACGAGCGCACCAAACAGAGAGGCGACUUCCCAGGGACGUAUGUCGAGUACGUGGGCCCCGUCAGGAUGGCACUCCCAUCGAGUCAACCUAGGUCCCAGCGACCCCUCCCUGCUGCUCCAAGACCAGAGUUGUCUCAAGCUGUUUCUGUGCCGGACCUGAGCGAGCAGUUCACACCGCCAGAGACGGCUCCCCCAGCCCUCGUCAGCAUGAUCCAAGCCAUAGAGAAAAGAGGUCUGGACAGCACGACAUUGUACAGGACACCAGAUUCCUCAGAUUCAGACAGCACAGUGUACAGUCUGAGCUCUGAGAGUGAAAUGAGGAAUGAAGAUGUGGGUUCCCUGUCUGAGUGUGUCCUGCGCUACCUGAGAGACCUCCCGUCACCUGUCAUCCCUGCCUGUAUCUACCCUCACCUUCAAGCUGCUGUCACACGGCAGCAGCAGGUCCUACAGCAGUCAGCAGAUGGAGCAGUCGCCGGAAGCCAUGACAGAGAGGUAAGCCUGGUCCUCGAGAGCUCCACCACCGUCCCUCUACAUCACCGUCUCACCCUUCAAUACCUCCUUACACACCUGGCAAAGGUCACCCAGGCACAGGCCAGCAAUGGCCUGGACACACACACGCUGGGACAGAUCUUUGGACCACUGCUGAUAUGGACAGGCCCCUCGACCCCUUGGGUAUCACUGGAUGAGGAGUUCCCUGGUCUUGUGGUGGAGAGGCUGCUGAUAGAGAGAGCUACGGAGCAGGACCUCCCUCCUCCAGUUCUUCCAGCAAAGCCAGUCAAGACUAAAAUGGCACCAUCAGCCAUGACAGACACAAGCGGCCUGCUGGCUGAUGCUGAGUGGUACUGGGGAGAAAUCUCCAGAGAGGAAGUGAAUGAGAAGCUGCGAGACACUCCAGAUGGCACUUUUCUGGUCCGAGAUGCCUCCAGUAAACUGGAGGGCGAGUACACUCUCACCCUGAGGAAAGGGGGGAACAACAAGCUUAUAAAGAUUUACCACCGAGAUGGGAGGUACGGCUUCUCAGAGCCUCUUACCUUCCUGUUUGUAGUGGAGCUCAUCAAUCACUACCGCCACGAGUCCCUGGCCCAGUACAACGCCAAACUGGACACCAAGCUUCUGUACCCUGUGUCCAAAUACCAACAGUUGGUGAAGGAGAACAGUAUAGAGGAGGUGGGAGAGCAGUUGAAAGUCUAUCACGAGCAGUACCAGGAGAAGAGCCGCGAGUACGACUCUCUGUAUGAGGAGUACACACGCACCUCACAGGAGCUGCAGAUGAAGCGCACAGCCAUCGAAGCCUUCAAUGAGACCAUCAAGAUCUUUGAGGAGCAGUGUGAGACUCAGGAGCGUUACAGCAGAGAGUCUUUGGAGCGAUUCCAACGCGAAGGCAACGAAAAAGAGAUUCAAAAGAUUCAGAGCAACUCUGAGCGUCUGAAGUCUCGUGUGAAGGAGAUCCACGACAGCAAGUGUAAGCUGGAGCAGGACCUGAAAGAGCAGGUCUCUGAUAACAGAGAGAUUGACAAGAAGAUGAACAGCCUCAAGCCGGAUCUCAUGCAGCUCCGCAAAAUCAGAGACCAGUACUUGAUAUGGCUGACACAGAAGGGGACACGGCAGAAGAAGAUCAAUGAAUGGCUGGGUAUAAAGAAUGAUGUUGAUGAUUCCUACUCACUGGAGGAGGACGAGGGCUCACCCCACCAUGAUGAGUGUACCUGGUAUGUGGGUGACAUCAAACGCACCCAGGCUGAGGAAAUGCUGAGAGGCAAAUGUGACGGGACCUUCCUCAUCCGUGAGAGCCAGUCACAGAAGGGCUCUUACGCCUGUUCUGUAGUUGUGGAGGGUGACACCAAGCACUGCGUCAUCUACAAGACAGCCACAGGUUACGGAUUUGCUGAGCCCUACAAUCUGUACUCGUCCCUCAAAGACCUGGUGCUCCACUACAAAAACGUCUCCUUGGUCCAACACAACGACCAGCUGAAUGUAAAUCUUGCCUACCCAGUCCUGGCCCGCUCUCAGAACCAGAACCAGCACCCCAGAUGAAUUAUCCACCAGCAGUGUAGGACGCCAACCAGGGUGGGGAAACAGAUUUUCACUUAAAUGCAUUGGGGAAAGAAUAAACCUCUGAACCAUGCUUGUUCUUGUUUUAAGUGGCGAUUAAAAAAAUAGACUCAACAGCCACAUUUUUAAUUGCAUACUUUUUUGGCUGGAGGCUGGUGCUAAUUUCCAACAGACCCCAGUCCAGCAAAGAGCACUCCUUGCUAACAGCAUGGCUUCAAAAUAAGCACACUACUACAAGUAACGAAGCAUUGUACAGUUAGCCUGGCUGUCGCAGUGAGUUUUAACUUGGAGGAGAGUUUCGCAUUAGCCAGCCAUGACUCUACAGUGUCAGUUAUGGAAAAAAAGUGUGAGAAAUUCACAAUUCAUACAGCGAAAAAGAGAGACUAAAUGUGUUAAAAGAAGACAAAAUAAGCACACAAAAAUGUUGUUUUCAAGAUCGUGGAGGAGAGCAACCAGAUGGGAUUAUGGGAAAGUUUAUAGGAGACACUUUUGUUUUUUCGCCUUGAACACGUGAUAACUGUCCAUAGACAAAGGCCCGAUCUGUCAUCCCCAGACUGCCUGCAAACUCUCCAUCGACAAAAGCCUGAGCUGUCAUCCACUGGCAGGACUGGCUUGGCUAAACCAGGCUGCUCGCUUCACACCUAAAGGCGGCUGAGAAACCGUGGACCAGGGGGGUGUAGUCACUGGAGCCGGUGGGGGGGGGGGGGAUGUGGGAGGGAAGGGGGAGAGAAAUUGCUGGGGUUGAUGUUUUUUAGGGGUUUUAAAAAGAGUGAUUGAAUUUUAAAGCUUGCUUAAGUGCCAUAGUAAUAGCUUUGAAUGACCACAAGCCUGUGUCAUUAGAACAAGGGGGCACGUCGAGGUUGAAAGAAGGAAGGAGGGAAUGAGCGGCUGUCGACGUAGACGAAGCUACAGCUUUAAAAGAUACACACACAUAGGUAUAUUUUUUAUGAAAUGAUCUUUAUUUCCAACUGCUUUGGUGUGUUGCUCUCUCUCAGUGGGCCUCCUUUUCAAUUAACGAGGUACAAAACACAGUAAAAACUGUAUUACAGGAUAGAAAUGCAUGGUACAUAUUUGGUAUAUUGUGGAUAGAGAAUUAGUUCUUAACCACAAUACACUAGAUGGAGAGGUACAUUGAUGAAUGCAGUUCCACAUGAUUCAGGUUUCCUUCUUAAUGGAAAUUGUGGAAAGAUUCCUGCAUCAAACGUCUCUUUUUUUCAAACUUCUUCCUUCUUUUUUCAUCCUCUUUAAUACUGUAGCCCCUGUAGCCAUUGACUUAAGGCAUAACUGUUAGUGCUCCUCUUAUGUGUCUUGUUUCUAUAUGCUUAAGACACUUGCAGAGCAUCAAUCUAUGUGAUUAUUGUAUCUUUGGUACUGUAUUUGCCUCGUCUCUAGAUUAGACUGUUUUAGCGGUACAAUGUCCUUGCAGAUGUUUAUUGUUGUUUUUUUUCAUUCAGAUUUACCCGCGGUACUUACGGCUUCCCGCCCUUGCGCUUGACUGUUCAUUUCAUCACAACCUUGACUCACAGAGCUGUAGAAUAUUGAUGUACAAAAAAAGGAAAGCAGUAAUAUAACUCAUGUACAGUAUAUUUCAGACACACAUGCAGUCAGUGUAUGUGACUUUAUACAGUUUCAUUGCUGUGUGUCUUUAUGUUUUCAGUAUAUUUGCUAUGCUCUUAGAUUCUGUUUAAGGAUUAACAGUAUCCAGCUAAUGUGAGCCGAAUGAAGGAUGUCUUUUCAUGUAGCAAGAAAGAAAAGAAAAAAAAGAACCAGUCCUUUUGCCAUAUUGCAUGGCCUCUGCGGUCUGAGAGAUUAACUAGUACAGUGUGCAUGGAGUCCUUCAUUUGGGUUGUUGUUUUUCUUUUUUCACUUGGCACCAGUGGUUGAUAAUUGUACUUUUUGUAGUUCAUAUACAAUAUGAUGUGUGAUAGUAUGGUACUAUGCACAACACGUAUGUGGAUAUUAAGUUUUAGAUUUAUAGACAGAGUUGUUCGAUCAGUUCUCUCCCUCUGUUCUGUGCUGUGGCAGUGAAUUUCUCCCUGUUUACCUCAUGUUCAUGUGGCUAGAGGUAAAGAUUGUACCAUCUUUGUUCACUUUAAAAGCACAGUUCAUUUGUCUAGAGGCGUGGUUAUUCAGUUAUUCUUGUGUGGUCGAUGAAAAAGAUAAUAGGCAUCAAGUUAGGGGUGGGCGAUGUGGCCAAAACCAUCAGUUGCGUUAUGUGUCAUUUAUAUCACAGUAACUAUAUAUCACGGUACAUUAAUUGUUCUCUUAACUCAAUUAAGAAAUGGUUUUAAGAAACCAUACUCUACUUCUUCACGUCAUUAUUUUUUUUUAUUCCAUACAAACAAACACAACUGUCUCACACGAUAAACAAUAGUUGAGUCUUGUCUCUCUCUUUCUCUGCAGUGUUUGGUAAACCAGCUUACAGGUGCAUUACAGCCUCUACCUGUCGUUAUCAAGCCAUGGGAGGAAGUGGCAAGCAGUCCUGAUGCUGAUAGCCUGCCCCCAAUAUAUAACAGAGACACUAAGGGAUAACUCCCACAGUGGAAACGGUAUUGCCAAAUCUCCACUGGUGGACACAUGUAUACCGUUGCAUGGCGUAUACCAUCAUAUCACUCAACCCUACGUCCCAUGAUGCCUCUUUUAAAUUUCAUUGGAAUUUUACAUAGUUGAUUUCUUGAGAAUGAAUGAAUAUGAAUAAUCUCUUAAAUGUCUCACAUAUAAUAGAUAAAAAUCAGUGUUAAUAGAACCUUUUAUAAGAAAGGUGCACUGUUUUUAAAGGUGGCACAUUUGGCAUUUUUGUUGAGGAGGGAUAGAAAUUGAAGUUUUGUUUUAAAAUGAGAUAUUCACCUACUCUUCUGAUUAUGAAAGUCAGUUAUGAGUCAAUAUAAAACCGAUUUUUCAUCUGAAGACAUAAGCUUCCAGAAGUGCUUUUUGGUGUAGCGUAAUUUCUGCUUUUGAAAUGUUGACUCACAAAUUUCAGGUUGCAACAUCCAAACAGACCAAUCCCAUUUCAAAGUGAAACCCCACUUGGCCUGAAAAGUUUAAAUCAAGACGUUAGUUUGAUUUCAGUCAGGACUAAUCAACUGUACUGUACUUUGCACAGUUCUUGGCACGUAGAAAAUCCCAAGAAUUAAACUAGAGGUGAUGGCGGUGCUUCUGAUUAGAGGGCUAUAAAACAUGUGAGUGAGAAAGAUUAGAAGUGCCUUUAGUCAUUGUGAUGAGCUCGUCUUCUCCUCGUUGUCAUUGGAGCUUUGCUCUACAAGACGGUGCCACCACCACCAUAUGCUGUGCCCCAUGGUUCACACAUUUGCCAUUUAUCAAAGACUAAAAGGGUAUUUGGCAAAUGAGCAUAAUUGUUGUGUGUGAUUGUGUGUGUCUGCGUGUGUGUUUGUUUGUGUGUCUUUAUGUGUGUUAGAGCAAAUCUGAGCAUGUUAUAGAUAAGAGAGUGACAGAUUUUAGCUGUGCCUCUUUGUUGUUACAUCUAUAGUUGUUACAUAUUCCUUCUUGCUAUGGUGGGGGCUGUACAGUAGCUUGGUGCUCUCUCUCACUGUGCACCAAAGCUAGAUUUCUUUGGUGUUUUAUCUUUUUCUUUAUUUGUCUGGUAUAUUUUUGAAUAAAACUCAGAUAAGAUAGAAAUGUGAACCGUACACAUCCGUGGCCCAGCCCAGUUGUUCGAAGCUCAUUUGAUAAGCUCUCAAGUUAAUGCAUGCAGCAUUUCUCAGUGUUUUGUAUUAAGAGUCAGUUCCUUUGUGAACAGGCGAUCUGGUUGAGUCAUCCGCCACUGCUGACACAUCCUUUAUCCAGUUUGUUGGACCAACACUUUUUGUGACUGCACUUUUUUUCUGUUCCACACACUCAGAGCAGUGUGUCUAACUCCCAACAACCAUAAACUCACAAACAGUUGUGAAACUCAGUUGUCAAUAGUGUUUUUAGUUGAUAGUUUUAAGGUCUUUCCAUACAGUAUAUCAGGAGUGAUUGACAUUUUUCUUUAUAAUACAGUGUAUAGUAAAUGCUUUUGUUCUUUUUGCAGUCGACAACUGUCAUGUAAUUCUGAUGCUUUUGACUGAUUGCAAUGUUUUCAUUAUAGAGUUAGUUUAACUAUAUGGACUGUUUAAACUCUGUAAUACUUCUCAAAACAACUUUAAGGAGAGCUGCUGGGUCAUUAUGCAGUUUGUGCCCACGCAGCAAAAUUGUCCAACUUAACGAGACAAAUAAUUUAAAAAUUAUAUUUCUAAAGCAUCAGUCCAUCCAAAUUACCUAAAGACAUUUUUUUUUCAAUUACUGCUAGUGGUAUCUAAACAUGCAGAUAGGUGAGAUUUUAAGAUGUCAAAAUCUUUCAUUUUCCUAAGAAAACGGUUCACAGUGAGGUCUGUGGAUUAUCCAGAACAACCAAACCAUUGUGGCUGGAAUAUAUUGCUGUUGAUUGUGUGGCGUUUCAUAUAUGGAUAUCUCAAAAGCUCAGCACAUGAAAGUUAAAUUAAAUGCAUGGCUAGAUAUUGCUGUAGUGAAAGUGAAAACUUGUGUCUGGGUUUUUUGGGGGAAUUUGAGUAAACCAACCAUUUAUAAACACGUCUGGAAAAAUCAGGCCAAUGGAAUGAGAUAAUUGCAGUUUAUCCCAAAACAGUUCCUGAACCAGGAGGUUCUGCUUCCAUGUAAGAAAUGUUUUUAUUUGCUUAAAGGAAAAUAGAGAUGUAGAACUGAAUAGCUUCCUGCAUCACUUGUUAAGAUGAACAUUUUUGCAUUGUAGGUGAACACUUUCAUCUGCCAUAUAUGCAUACAGAUGUUUAAUAGCUAGAAGCAAUGCAAUUUAGUAGCAAUGAAACCUGGUCACGCAGUGAGACGGGCAUGAAACGGGCAGAAGAUGAAGACUUUAUUGCGCUUUGACUUAGAGUUGAGACUUUAAUCCCACUUUUGGUAGAUGUUACUCUGAAACUCAAAGUUUUCAUCCUGCUCGUCUAUUAGAUAUGCAUUUGUGUCGGAGCUUCUAGAAAAACAUUUUUCUAUAUAAAAAAUGAUCGUUCAAGGAAUGAAAUAUUUUUUCAUCAGCUUUGGUACACUGUAAAUGAUAUUUCUUGAACUGGCCUCACACACAAAGCACAUCUUUCACUGACUACAAAGAAACGCAUAUAUUUGGUGUCUAUUAAGGUUUGAAGAAUAAGAGACAUACUAGAGAAUAAAUAUUUUGAAAUAUAUACUUAGAUAACUAUAUUUUUGGAUGAUGUAAUUCUGAUUUGGAUUGUGCUUGAAACAAAUCAGAAGGAGGCUUUGAUGUGAACAUGAUCUUUAGACUUGCUCCACAACUGCUUUGUACCCGAGCGGUUAUUGAAACGCAAGCAUUUUUACUAAUCAGCUGCAGUGAGCUUCAUCGUGAUCAGCAACAAACUUUGUGGUUACAGUUGAUCGACAUACAUGUAAUCUAUUACGCAUGAUUAUCAGGUGCAUUCAGAGGAUGAAGCAAGCUUAUGUACAUGUGUUAAUAUUUACAGAGCUGAGUCUAUAUGUUAAAUGCAGUCUUGGCUGCUUUGCAAUUAUUAAAUAUUAGAGAGGAGUUGUUUUGUUUUUUUGUUGUUUUUUUUCUGUUUUGUCAUUUUGAAAGAUUAUGUUGUUUUUUUUGUGAGUAGACUUGAGUGUUAAAGUUGCACCACAAAAGAUACACUUAGGAUGCUGCCACAGAGAUCCACCACAGAUUGGACACUGAUGCUGGAACAAAGUGAACCAUCUUACCACUGUAUCGUCCUUUGGUAGAUCUCUGUGGUCGCUGAAGGGUUUUUUUUUUGGUUUGUUUUCUUUUUGGCCUGAGCGUACACACACAGGCAGGGAAAAAAAAGAGGAAAACCUGUUAUCCUGACAGAGAAAAAAAGGUACACAAUACAACGGUUCAUGAUCACUCCUUUACGCAGAUCUUUGUACAUGGAACAAUGAUGGCAUUAGAAAGUGUUCUUUUAUGGUGCCUGAGUAUUUCUUUUUAUUUGGCUUUUUAAAAAAGCUAAUAGAUUUUGUCUGUCCAUGUGUUGGUUAUUUUUGUUUGUUUGUUUAUAUCUGUUAAUGAUAACCUUACAGAGCCUAUAAAGAAAAAAAUAAGCUAGCUUGAAAUUUUUUCCUCCAUACAGAAAAAAGAAAUACAAAUGUUUACAAUAUGUAAUUAACCAAAUAGUAAAUAUGCGUUUGAGAAUCAAUCUGUCUGUCCCGCAAAGUGACUGUGAUAGAUUGAUUUAUAUUUCAUUAUUUCCUGUCAUUUUAAACUUGAAAAUGUUAUGACUGCUUGUUCUGUUUUCUCUGUUUCCGUUUGUUCCUCUUUUUUUUUACUUAUGAGAACAGUGCUCCCUCAAUUUCAAAAUAAUAACUCAACAAGAUUUAUUUUUCCAUAAUGCGCAGGUAUUCAUCAGUCUUUGUCAUUAUUUACCUGCUGACUACUUCACCUUACACUGAGCCUUGUAUAUGCAGGACUGAAUCCUAACUUGAGAUGCUGUCGCAUCUUUUGCUGUUUAUAUUAUGUACAGUAUGGUAGAUUUCAGUGUGGCUCUGCCAUGUGUUUCUCUGGUAAAGACUCAAAGAAUUUAUAGGGGGUGACACCCACAUGUUGUGAAACAGUAAAAAUACGCCACUUGGUGAACAUGCUUGAGUACAGUUUUAGUUGGAAAUUCAGGAAUAACUAUCAAGAGGCAUCCUAUUCUUGAUUUUUGCACUACACAGCAAAUAAUACACAAAUGAAAAGCUGAAUCAGUUGCUCUGUUGGUUGGUUGACUAAGUUUUAGGACUAAAAUGUAUCCACUAUAGUCUCAGCUUGUGUGUGUGUGAUUUCCAUUUAAUAUAUGAUGACUAGUUCAAAACUGAACUUUCAUUUCCCUCUGUCUUCUCACAUCAUCACAUCUUAGUCUGGACUUUGACCUGAUUGGUCAAGUUGCCAUUUGUUGGAUUAUUCUGAUGGGAAUGUUGUAAUAUUUUUCACUGGUGUACAGUAGUUCAUAUUCAAGACCCAACCCUGCACGUUGGAGACAAGAUCAGCAGUGAUCCAUUGGGCAGUGGCCGGGGCAACCAUUUAAAACACCUCUGCGUGUUUGUACACUAAUAACAAGGCAACGUCUUGUCUCCUUUGCUCUACUAUGUUGCCCAACAAGCUGCCUAAUGUAUCCCUGCCUCUGCAGAAGUAACAGAUAUACAGUUCUUAAUGCGUAGUAAAUGAUGUGGUUUUCUCUUUUCUUUCAAAAACAAUGAAUGGAAAUGAAUGGGGCAGUCAGAUAAAGCUACUAUACACCAAAGUGCAAUUGAACUCAGAGGGAGCACUGUUGUUUCAGCCAGUAGAGGCCUAUUGGUUGAGAUGUGCCCAACCCCUAUGCACGAAAAAAGAUGGUUAUUCUUCUUCUCUUGUGUUAUCCUCCCUCCGUUGGUCUGUCUUAAUUCAGAUGCAACAUUUCUUUCUUUUCUCUCAUGUACAGCUUGCUUCAGAGUUGUGUUUGUCCUCAGACAGGUACUCUUCCAUCUGUACGGUUCUUUCUUUAGGCUGAUGCAAUGAUUUUAAAAAGACAAUAAAAGAUAUAUGAAAUGAA